AUGAACCGGUCGCCUCGGUGGUCUACUACCCUCGCAGCCUGCUAAGGUCCAGGUCACGGGUUCGAGUCCGGGCAGGAAAAUGGUCAUCCACCGCAGCUGCUGUGCGGCUUGGGAGCUGAGUGGAUGGGUCAAAAGCUGCCUCGCCGUCCCUGCUGUGGUUCUUUCAAAGGCCAAGAAGGCCAGGAGCAGCAACGGCAUCACGAUCUUGGCUCUCUUGAUGCUCCUGGCGAACGGAUCGGCCCAAUCCAAUACUUCUUGCGUCCAGGUUGUGGAUAGCAGCGCUGCUGAUGCUUCUCCCUACCCUGAGGACGAGCCGUCAUUGACGUUUACUAUGGAAGGAGCAACAACCUUGAGGACGAACAUCGUUAACGUUGUCAUCGUGGUCGACGGCUCUGGAAGCAUCGUGUCGUCCGAUUGGAUCCUUGAACAGCAGUUCGCAAAAGACACCGUAGCUGCCUUCGCUAGAAGGAAUAUCUUCGACAACGGUGGAACGGCCUCCUACGUGCAGUUCAGCACUUCCACUUACGAUGAAGGGACCUUCACCUCCACGGAAAGUUUCGACGAGCACGUUGAUUCCGUCAUCCAGUGGGGAGGGGACACAGACAUCGCGGACGGCAUCAUUGCAGGCAGGGCGCUACUGAACGAGAAUCCUGCGUCGUUUUCCUUCAUGGUUCUGAUCACGGACGGCGAGAGUUAUACCGACCCGUCGACAGCGGCCCAGGAAACGAGGGCGGACAACACAACCACUAUAUUCGCCGUGGGAGUAGGUUCACAGAUCUCGACUGAAACCCUUUUAGACAUUGCAGGAGAGGAAUCCAACGUGUUCAGUGUCACAAACUUCAGCUCACUUGAAGCCGCCGUGGAGGACAUCGAAGUCAUCGCCGACCAAACAGUCUUGUCUUGUCCUGCCACCAACGUUAGCAUCACCGUCGAGUUUGAUGUUCCUGUUCUUUCGGUGGUCUCGUCAGACGCGGCAAUCACCGGCAACAGGGUUACCUUUGCCGCAGACAACCUGGAGAACAACCCCACCCAGUUCGCGGUUGGGUUGUUGGAUUGCGGCUUGGUCAUCUCGGUGGACUAUGAGGACGAACAGGAAAACGUUCCCGACUUGUCCAUCCUGCCCGACCCGACCUGUCCGGCUGAGGGCUCCCGCUCUGGAGUACGGGCUGCCCACUUUGCGACGUUUGUCGUCGUGUCUACGGUGAUUGCCUCAAUAAUCGCUAACUUGAUCGGGGGCGAUACAAACUCUUCGUCAACGGAAACCGCCAAAAUUCCCGUCGAUCCAAAGCCGUCAUCAUCAUCAAGAAACCAGGGGGAACAGGGAUCAGUUGUCACUGAUGUCCCGGAUAGACAACUGGCGGACAAUGCUGCUUCGGCAAGCCUCGGUGACGCACGUGCCCAAGACAGUAGCGAGGGGGGAGCAGAAGUUGUCACUGGUGCCGCGAAUAUAAAACUGGUGGACAAUACUACUUCGGCCGGGUUUGGCGACGCUCCUGCCCAAGACAGUAACGAGAGGGGAGCAGUUGAUGGCACGUAUGGACGGCCUGCGGAAGAUGCUGCUGCAGUAGGGCUGGAGGGCGCUACUGCUGUCGGAAGGAACGAGCAGACGGUACUACUGGCUGCGGGGAUCCUCGCGAGCGUCCGCAGACCCUCGUCGGCCUUGGUUGUUCUGCUAAUCGUCCAGAUCCAGUUUCUCGCUAUCCUUUCUCUCGUUGACUCGGUGGGUUCAGAAAGGUCGUGGCUGUCCGACUUCCUCGAGUUCCUGAGGUGGAUCAAUCUCUGGCUCCGGAUUGGGGCAGACUCUGAUGAUACUUAUGCCGAGAAGAACAACGACAUCGACGAGGAAGGUUUCCUCGGGAACCUGGUGUUGUUUUUGUGCUUGUUUUUCCUAAUCCUGGUGGUUCAUCUCCUGCUCGUGUCUGCGAUCGAGGCGUGGUGGCUACAGAGAAAGAAACGUGACGACCUACAGGAGGUUCGUGCUGCAUUCGAAGAAGGCGGCGUUCAGCAAGCCGCCUUGGCGGAUGGGCCGCCGCCUCAAAGGCCUCCUCCGAGCUACGAGCAGGUGGCGAUCAAACCGGACGGUCAAGCCGCUUCAGUGGAUGGGCCGCUGCCUCAAGGGCCUCCUCCGAGCUACGACAAGGUGGCGACGAAACCGGACGGUGCUGCUGACGACGUCAACGUGGGCGCGGAAGGCACACGUUCUGCCGGGGGAGAAGAGGCUGGAGAUGAUGGACUAGGGCCGGUAGCCAAGUGCCGGGAUCGGUCCAAGUCGCUCUGGAUUCACUUCCCUCACGUUGAGCUGUUGUUCAUCCUGUACGCGUUCCAGGGGGCCCUGGCGGCGCAGGUUGACGUUCUGCGGCACGGCAGCGGCGCCCUCGUACCCGUGGCAGCAAUCGCCUUGGUCGUGUACCCGGUCUUGGUGCUGUGGGUGAUGGUUCGAGUCGUUUUCGCUCGAGUUUUCCCUCCCACCGCCACGGGGUUGGCCUUCGCUGUGACACAGAAGGACUCCUACUACACCACCAAUGGCCAGAGGGGCUGCCGAGGCUUCUUCUGGAGAGUUCGUAAAGGUUUGGAGGAGGAUCACAGUGCGUUCGCGUGGGCCAAGAAGGGAGCGUGGAGGACUGUCGAGAAUGAAGACGCGAAGGAGCAGAGGCUGAGGAACUGGUUCCGCAUUGGCUUCGAGCCGCUGUUUGUGGACUAUACCAAGGCUGGGUCCUGGUUUGCAUUGUACGCUCUGAUGGAGGCAGCUGUGAUAGCGUGCGUCGGAGUGCUGAUCGACAGCAGCCAGGUGCAACUGCUGAUUUUCCUGGGGUUGAACGUGGUGCAGUUCGUUCUUGUGGCGCACCUCACGCCUUUUGCCAACAGGGUGGUCGAGUCCAUGGCGGCGUGCCGGGUUGGUGUCAACGCCUUCUGCAUGGUCUUGCUUGUAGGCGCGGAGGCGGAAGGCGACAGCGUGCACGCGGAGAGGAUGGAGACGGCCGUCGGGUGCUUCGAGCUUAUACUGCUGAUCGCUCUCGCGAUUCCGGUGUAUGUGGACACCGGGAUGGUUUUCGGUGCAGCGAUUUACUCAAGAAUAAGAAAGAUCGCCGCCAACCGUGCCGCGCGGAACGACCAAACACAGACAACCGGAGUCACCCGGCCGUGCAUUCCCGAAGGUUGGGGGGCGACAUGGUGUAAAAUGAUCGCUCGCAACGCGGCCGCCUAUGCAGGAGACGUGACCAACGGCCUUCGUCGCAAGCCCCACUCUGCAUGAAAAGUCAUCCAGCUGGGUCUGAACUUGAAUGGGCUCUUGCGCGCCGACAGCAACCCACGAUGUCGUGCUAUGUGCCUCGAAGCAAUUCGCGCCCCACUCAAUCAUAAUCUCUUUCACGGAUGACAACCUAUCGUCGACAACAGCACGAAUUGCAGAAUUGCUGUGCCAAAGUACAGUUCACCACUGUAGGCUGGUCAAGCGUGUAUUUCAGAAGCGGCAAUACACCGGCGGACAAUUUUUUUUGUACUGAUUGCGUGGAGAAAGAAGAGGCAGGGGAGUGUGUUCAUGACCAUCAUUUCUGCUUGGGGUGAGAUUUAGAGGCGAGUACAAAUAUUGUGCCGCUCUUGUUCGGUUUUUUGUUUUUCUACUGGACACAAUGUCGGCAGGCAAGGUUGGACCGGUUUGAGAGGUUACCCUUGUUUGGGGGAGCUUGGCAGAGUACUGAUGUACGCCUCCACCUGGGGCUACGUGUUGACUGUCGUGGGUAUGGUGGACGUGACGAGCGAGGUUCUUCCUGCCUCGCUCAUGCCUCUCGCUCGACGUCGAAGACAGUCAAGUCACUCCUGUUCUUUGCAAGACGCUGUCCACAAGAGCCCGUGAGCGUGGUUAUGUGAAAAACAAGGCACACACGCCGAUACCCCCGCACACGAUAUCGCGUUGGAGGGGGAAUGCGUCACGUUCAUCGCGGCAAUACAAGUAGAGUUCGGGCCCAUUCGGAAUGGCUUCUCGUGUUUGGGUUGUUUGUGUUUCCACGACUCACCUGGGGUGUCGGAGAUGUUUGACUUGCAACAAUACUUUCGUUGUGAGAAUGACAAUGACUGAGGAUUCGUGUUGUGCUGUGGCGCAGUUGCUGCGGGAAGGAGCGAAUCACUGGGGUUCGAGACCUGUUCUCUUGCGAUUCAGAUGAGGAUUAAGUAGUGUGGACGGAUUCAAUUUCAUGUUACAAGGAAGAUGGAACAGACGGGAGGCUGUUUGACGAACGAUCUACGCUUGUUCAGUUGUUUUCGUGUUGUUGGAGAAACGGUAGCACACCGGUAGAGGCAAUCCUCUGCCACUUUGCACACAUAGUAUGUUCUUGACUCUUGUUCGUUUCACUGUAGAAUUCACUUCUUUUCUCGGCGUCUUGUAGGAAGGAUUUGCUUGACACAUUUUGAUGUUUGGGCAUGGUUGAUCACUAAGCGCUUUCGACUUGAUUUGAGUGGUCAAUGAGCUGAAGCUUUGGUUUACGUAAGGAUGGAUUCCUUUUUCCGUACUAAAUUAUAGUUGACACAGCUAGCCUCCAGGAAGCAUGUCCGGCGAUAUGUGUUGUUGCCAUUGUCCGUGAGAAGAUCUCCACACUGAUAUCCCAUCCAGCUCGUGGCCGUCUUCGAUACCGGGGGGCAGUCUUUUUUUUUCCAAGGGUACUGUAACUCUUUGCAUUCGACUGUUAAAGAAGGACUUUUGUUGACCGUAAUUUCUUCGAGAGGGUUGAUUAUAGUUGACCUUCGUCAAAUUGGUGGAUUACAGAGGAGUAAAUGGUAGUCUGGCAUCUGAACAUUCGAUAGAUUCGGGACAUCGGGGAUGAUUUGUGAACAACGAUGGACGGCUUUUGGACUCAGUUUUUUUUAUUGGUUGUUCCUGGCUAUUCAUGAGAAGGGUUUCGUAGAUCGUACUUCUAUCUCGUAUCGAGUUGUAGGGCUUUUCGGGUACUCGGCGGAGUACUGAUCUAUGGGACUUCAAUCUUUGGACUCGACAAUUUUAUUUUAUUGGCCGUUUUGCCUGACAAUUCAUGGGUGGUAGCGUUUCGGAGAUCGUUCUGCUAUCUCGCAGCAAGUUGUGGGCUUGUUCGGGUGCACGUGAUACAUACGUUGUAACACGCGCCCACACGCAAUAACCGCGAUUCGUCCGAGUGAUGGAUGGGGCCGCCACAACGACAUUGUUACAUGGCGAAGCCAUAGUGCUGUCAGGCAUCGCAAUAACAUCCUAGAGCACGCCACCGUAGGGUGCAACCAACAGCCUGUACGGGGAGUUCACACAAGCAGCGGGUGAUCGGUAUUUUCUCUGUGUUACGAUAUCUUCUGGUGUCGUGGCGGACUGUUCUGCGCUAUGCAUAUGGUAUGGUGGGGCAUAUUUGGCGAGUUGGGGUUCCUAUCAAUCGAAACCGAUCGAUAGUCUACCGGAACCGGCAAAUCGGGCACAACAUUUUCGCGAUUCGAAAUACUUUGCCGGUGGUUGCUUGUGAACUAAAUCGAUUGUCAGCUGUGUACCGCGUCAGUUGGACGACGGAUAGAAGGUACUGAGCGGAUACCCGAACGGUUUUCAAUGUGAAGACAGCAACAAUUUCUACAACGUGUACUAUAGGGGGGUUCACGUGCAUCUGCUUGCGCCCUAGCCAUGUGCGCUCCUCGUGGGCGCUUGCCUCGCCUGCUGUACUGCGUACCACCUGCGGUACGGCAGGGAGAGCAUGGUAAUCAGCGCACUCUCAGGUGGGGGUGGUAGGCCUAGACCGGGCUCUAGUCGGCGCAGGACUAGCCAGAAACAAACGUUCUCGACGAGAGAAAGAAGUAGACUCACUCGGAGUCCACAGCAAAGGCGGGGGGGUGCAGUGAGGAAGAGG